AUUUUGUGAUAACCCUGGACGCGUUGUAAUCAAAACUUACGAAAGAAUCUUUUUAAGUUCUGCAAAAUGUUUGUUGAUAAUAUCUGUGAUUCAUUCUAAUCGGAACAAAACUGUUUAUGAAUCGGCUCUUUAAAGAUGAUUUGUCAAUAAAGUAGUAAAUAUAUGUCAUCGAAAUUUGAAAGUGACUAUCAGAAACAAGGAUAUAGUUUUGCAUGAAGUUUUAUUUGGCGACAUUUGAUUACACACUGCGGAUCGGUUGCCAAGAGCAACCACACCAAAACAAGGAUAGUAUGAUACAUCUUCAGAUAAAUGGCGUAAUAUGAUGAGUACAGGUACAACGCCUACUCCUCCGGCCCCCCGGACUUCCCCUGGUAAAUGUCCUACCGUGGGGGGUCGGGCUGAAGGAGGGUUUCUACAAUAUGUCCAACUUCUUAAUCCCAGGAGUAGUAUGUCCAUUACUAAUACAAAAGGCUUACUCAAUAUGCCUGGGCAGAACAACUGUUUCCUCAACAGUGCUGUACAGGUUCUUUGGCAUUUGGAUAUUUUUCGCCGAAGUUUUAGAGAGUUGUGUGGUCAUGCCUGCAUGGAAGAUUCUUGCAUAUUUUGUGCAUUAAAAGAAUUAUUUGCACAGUUUCAAUACAGUCAAGAGUCUGCUCUACCUCCUGAUGCAUUACGGCGAGCAUUAGCUGAAACAUUUUGUGAUCAAAGAAGAUUUCAGCUUGGUUUCAUGGACGAUGCUGCUGAAUGUUUCGAAAACAUUUUAAUGAGGAUACAUUUCCACAUUGCAAAUAAUGAGUCAGAAGACAUGUGUAGUGCUGUUCAUUGUAUACCUCAUCAAAAGUUUGCUAUGACGUUGGUCGAACAAACUGUGUGUCAUUCUUGUGGUGCUACCUCUGAACCAUUACCGUUCACGCAAAUGGUGCAUUAUGUGCCCUCUUCAGCUCUUUGCUCUCAAGCAAAGUUGAUGAAAGAGCAAAAUGAUCAGACACCAAAUUUCAGUGAACUACUGAAGAAGGCCGGUGGUUUAGGAGAUUUAAGAGACUGUCCGAGUUCUUGCGGUGCUGUAAUUCAAAUAAGAAAAACUUUGAUGAAUCGUCCAGAAAUAGUGAGCAUUGGACUAGUUUGGGAUUCUGAACGUCCUACAAUUGAACAUAUCAUGGAUGUUUUUAAAACUAUUGGGAUGUCUUUAAAAUUGCAAGAUGUAUUUCAUUCCGUUGUUGAUAGUCGAUGGGCAUCUACUGCAACUCACCAACUUGUCGGAAUUGUUACUUAUUAUGGAAAACACUAUUCCACAUUUUUCUUCCAUACAAAACUGAGAGUUUGGAUUUAUUUUGAUGAUGCUGCUGUCAGAGAAAUUGGACCAAAAUGGGAACAAGUUGUCGAAAAAUGUUGUCGUGGGCAUUUCCAACCCCUCCUUCUGUUGUACGCCAAUCCACAUGGCACACCUGUUAGUACAUCCACUGCACCUCGAUUAGUUACUGUUGUGCCUGGGCAUCGAAAGAAUCCAAAUGACAAAGAUCCUGGUUCAAUCAACGUAAGUGACAAGCAUAUGAGACUUUUUCAACAUCCAUCUACGAAUAAUCAAAGAAGAGCUUUAACUCCAAAUCCUGAAGUGACUUGUGACAUGACUCCAAACAUACAACCUAGGAGAGCUGUCACACCCAGUGGUGAGCUUUCCUGGACAGAAGAACAAGCUUCUAAGCCAGAAAUUUCUGACUCUCAUGCAUCAUCUGCUGCAGAAAAUUCUACUAAUCAUAGUAUAAAAUCAUCCAUAUUUCAUACUGCAACAUAUCCAAACUUUCACUUAUCAUCAAAAUAUCCUGAACAGAUUUCUCUCAGAAAUCCUAUCCUGGAUAAUCUUAAGUUAAAUCGUCUAUCCGGUCGCAUAUCUGUGCCCAAUUGUUCUCAUUUUUCUGAUGCAGCCCAAGCAAAACUGAACAGGACGUUACCCAAUAGUAAUGCUCUUAAUCAUCCAAUAACAGUGGAUAAUUUGCAACAACCAGAAAAUGAUUCAGAAAAAAUGGCAGAUCCUCUGUCUUCUCUUAAAGACUCUGAGCAUAGCUUAAAUAACGCAUAUAUUAGUCGCCAAACUGUGGAAAAUAUUUUGCAACUGCAAAAAUUGCAACGUCAGCGAUCAAUAAAUAACAAAAAUGGAAAUGGUUGCAUCGGACAUAGAAAUAGUAGUAGUAGUUUGGAAUCUUUGGAUAAUGUAUUUGCUAAAGGGUAUCACAAUCAUUUAAAUUUAAAGUUUGAUAUUCCGGAUGCUGCAAAUAUUGCUAGAAGAAGAGAUUCUGGAAAUUGGAGUGGUGACAGGAACAGUGCCAGUUCAUCGAGUACUACUUCUCUAGAUAAUCCUUAUUUCUAUGUUGUUGGAAAUAAAAGACCAUUAAAUUGCAUGAGAAGUGCUGGUGGAAGACCUGGAGAUACUCCCUCCCUCACAGAUGCAGGCUAUGAUUCUUUCUCUCUUUCAAGUUCUGACAGUUAUCCUUCCGCCAUAAACAAUUCUCCGUCUAAGAUUGAUUCAAGACUGGGGCAGAUUCCGGAGCAUGUACAGACAGCUUUUGUUCCUUAUGACAUAUCCCAAUUGCAGUAUUGUUUGAAGGAUUUAAAGAACAAUGAACAUUUCCCUUUUGGUUUCAAAGAUGAAUGUGAUAAAUUAUGUGCUGAAGCUGACAUAUUUGUUGCUAAAUCUGUGGAACGUGAGAAUGUCGGAGAUAUAUCAAUGGCUGCACUUCUCAGUGAUACAGCUGCUGCUCGAGCGAGAGCUGCCAUGGAUGUACCAUACACAAACAGCACUGCUUUAGCAAUGGCAAAAAUGAAGCACAGUAUGUGUCUAAUUAGAUCCUCUAACUUGCAUAAGAAAUUGAAGGAACAAGAAGUGGCAUUGAGACGAAAACAGAAAGAAGCAGCUAUUGAGGCUUAUCAUAAAGAACAACAAAAUGCUGUCUAUAAUAAAACUUCCAAUGAUGCCUCCACAAAUAGUUCUGAGAGUACUUUAAACGAUAGUUUAAAAAGUCCUCAAAAACCUGCGUGUGCCAAGCAGCCUGAGGAGCAAAUAAAUAAUGAUAAAAAUAUUGAAAUAUAUGCCACACUGCCUAAAAGAAGUUUGAAAAAGAAGGGUGCCCUUUCUUCUUUCGUUGAAUCCUUGACGGGUGAUGAAAGUUGUGAUGAAAAAUCAGUGAAGGAUAAGCGCAAUAAAACACCUGAUGGCAGAAAGUCUGAUGGCGACAUUAGUUCCAAUGAAAAAGAAGAUAAAAGAUCAAAAUCUCCAAGUCGAAAAAAAUCUUUCCAAAAAGCGUCAAAUAAAGAUUCUGAUCUCAGUGACUAUUCCAGUGAAUGGGAGCAUUCGAAAAAGACCUCCUUAUACAGGACAUAUUCAGGCCCAACUGCCAAUUCUAAAAAUGAGCUUUCAGAUAUCAAUUCCAGUACCAUACAGUCUUCUCCAGACCACCCUGCAAAAAAGCAGCAUAGAAUUCGUCGAAAGCUGAUGGGUGGCUUUAUGAGGAGAAAAAAUCGAAGCUUGCCCGAUCUCCGUGAAGGUCAGGAUUCGGGCGGUGAAGCAGCCAGGUCUUUUGACGAUUGCUUUUUCUCUCAGACUCCAGUAUCUUGUCGCAAAAACAACUCUUUGAAUCAGGAAAAAUCACCACCUAAAGGAAGACAAGAGUCUUCAAAAUUUACGCAUCUGACAGAUAGUAAAUCUUCAAAGAAAUGCAUUACCAGAGCAAAUACACCUCCUCCAUACAAACCACCUCCACCUAUUCCUCAUGCAACAUCCUCCAAUGCCUCCUCUCCAAAGAAAAAUAUCCAGUAUCACAACCACGAAGCAAAGAAAGCAGCACCACCUCCAACACCUCCCCAUGAUGCCCAGAAACAAAAAUCUGUACAUCAACCUCCUGUAAAUAGGGACUUGAAACAAAUUCCCAGGAAACUGAAUCUCCAUAAUGUGGCACAUAAACAUGAUGAACUUCCAAUGCAUAAUGCUGAAUGGCUAAAAGAGCUGCAGUUGAAGCAGGAAGAGUUGAAUUUGAAGCGAAAGCAACAGGAAGAAAGGGAAAAAUGGCUUGCUGAGUGUUAUUCAGGAGUUGAUCAAAAAUCAGCUAUCUCCUCGAGAAAAGCAGAGUGUGGUAGAGAUUUAUAUAAUCAUAAUCAACAAGUUGUGCAUGACAAAGAAAUACAUUGCCUACCAAGAUCUGUUGCUAGUUGUCUAUCAGUGGCCAGUAAAGACAUUUCACCUGUUAGCAUUGAUCAACAAAAAUCUGUUCGUGAUCUUACGACGAAGUUUGAAAAUAUAUGUGUUUCCCCAUCUGAUUCAAAUUCUGAGAACACCAAUGAUGUUAAAACAGUCGAAACAACAGCUAUUAACAGUGAUCAAAUUGCGCAAAGCAGAAGAGCUUCUAAUGAAAUAGACAAGUCACAUUGCCAUUCUACCGCGAACCAUUACUGCUCCCCUAAACUGUCCGAUAAAUCUUUUAAUCAGUCAGACUGUAUAAACGAAAGACUCUGCAGUCCUGUUAAUGCAAAACAGACUCAAAUGAAUUCUAGUAAUGUAUAUAACCAUCAUUUAACAGAUGCUCAAUUGACUAAUGUUUUGAGGAUAGGUGGCAAUCGAUCUUCUUUUAGGAACUCUAAAGGUGAAUCUCAAGAUGAUUUAUUGUUCAGGUACCCUCGUGAGGCAUGCGUAAUGCACGAGGCAAAAAGGCCCGACAAGCCACCAGACUAUGAAACAGCUCUGCAGAGACUAGAGCUCCUGCGUAAUGACAGGAACUUUUCUAAAUUUUAUGCGCCAAAUUUCAUGAACUUCGAGGACAUUCUAGAACAAGCUAAGAAGAGAAGAGGACCCAAGAAAAGUGUGACAUUCUCUGAUAAAGUUGUGUUAGUGGCGUGCGCGGGCGACGAGGACAAUGACUUCAUACCUAAUCCUUUAUUAGAGCGUGUAUAUAAACAACAUUUCCAACAGAAACCAAAUGGAUUAUCAACUGAAAUUCAAGACAACGAUCUUAGUUUAGUACAUGAUGUUAGUGCAACUGAAACACCUGCUCCAGAGCCGAAAAUAUCUGACAGUAUGAAAUCUUCAAAUUCUCCGCUUUGCAAUUUGUGCCAUAAAAAAACGGUAGAGCCAUCAAAAUUGUAUUGCCCUGAUUGUGCCUUUUAUAUGUCCCGAUUUCAACAAAAAUAAAAACUAAUUUUUGUGUUAAAUAGAAAGAGGCAUUAGAGAUUGUCAAAUUGAUCUUCCAAAUUGUUUGCCAAAUUUAGCAUAGAUUUGUACAGUAAAUAAUGUAAGAUUAUGUUUACAUGCUGUUAGAAGGAUUUCAGAUGUGCUCAAAUAAUGUUGUAUGUGUUUUGUUUCGUGCAAUAUGUAAAAUUCAUCAAAUGUUGAUUUGUAUGUAAUUGUUGUUAUCUAUUGUUCUUGUAUAGUUUUAGCCAGCAUGUUGAAUUUUUAGUUAAUGUACUUAAUUUGUCUUUUGUAUAUUUGGAUUUAUAAAUUUUUUUUAAAAUUUCAUUUGCAAUUUCAAAGUUGUUAUCCAGUUUAGGAAAUCUUUUAAAAUACAUUGUUGAAUAUUAAAAAAAAGUAGUGGAAAAAAAAUAAGGAAAAUUUUUAAAGUUUCUUAUUUUAAAGUGUGUAUUAAGAUGUUAUAAUUAUUUCAUUCUGUCUAACAGAAAAAGCUAAAGAAAUAAUCAAAUUAGCUGUUGCUCCAUACAGUUUAGUCUGUGAUACUUGUUAGUACAAUUAUUUUUAGUGAUUUUACUUUGUAAUGUUAUGCUUGUAACAAUGACUUUAUUUGUUUGAUAUUUCUUAGAUUUUAAAUUUUUAUCUGGCCUUUCUGAGCACAUACAAAACAAAUUAGUAGGAAAAAAAAAUUCAGUAUUUUUUAUGAUUUUUAUUAAUUUAGUUAUGCGACUCAUUGUGUGGAAUAGCUAUUAAUUUUUUUUUCAGUAGUUGCUUUAAAAAAUUUGACUAAAAAUAAAUUACCAUACAUUCUCAAACAAUUUCAUAAUUUCAAUUUUCAUUUUUUUUAUUAACAUCAAAUAAAUCAUUAAACCAUCUAUAGUUUUAUGUAUGUACUAAAUAUGUUGAUUUGUGCCAAAGUGAAAUAAAAAUAAGUCUAUUGAGGCAAGUUUGUUGAUAAGUUUUAUUCCUUCUAUCUGAUGUGUUUAGAUUUUUCUUUUUUGAUUUAUCAACACACAUCGGUUAAAAGGAAAGCAUCAGCUAACUUUCUAUGAGACUUAUAUAUUAGAAUUGCAGUAUUUAAAAACCACCGAUAUUUUUAACUGCUAAUGUGUACAUAAGCGGACUUUGUAAAUAUAGAGCAUUUUUUUUAAUAUUGUACAAAUUAUUUUAAUAAAUCAAAUAUUUUAGUUUCAAA